CUGUCUGUAGUGAAGGGUGUUUCAGUUGUAGAAAUAUUUGAAUUGUCCGUGGUCGACGAUGGAGUAGUUGUUGUAGUAAUAACAUCAGUGGUUGUGGACGUUUCGGUGCUUCCUGUUGUAACAAUGCUGUCUGUAGGGAAGGGUGUUUCAGUUGUAGAAAUAUUUGAAUUGUCCGUGGUCGACGAUGGAGUAGUUGUUGUAGUAAUAACAUCAGUGGUUGUGGACGUUUCGGUGCUUCCUGUUGUAACAAUGCUGUCUGUAGGGAAGGGUGUUUCAGUUGUAGAAAUAUUUGAAUUGUCCGUGGUCGACGAUGGAGUAGUUGUUGUAGUAAUAACAUCAGUUGUUGUAGACGUUUCGGUGCUUCCUGUUGUAACAAUGCUGUCUGUUGGGAAGGGUGUUUCAGUUGUAGAAAUAUUUGAAUUGUCCGUGGUCGACGAUGGAGUAGUUGUUGUAGUAAUAACAUCAGUUGUUGUGGACGUUUCGGUGCUUCCUGUUGUGACAAUGGUGUCUGUAGGGAAGGGUGUUUCAGUUGUAGAAAUAUUUGAAUUGUCCGUGGUCGACGAUGGAGUAGUUGUUGUAGUAAUAACAUCAGUUGUUGUGGACGUUUCGGUGCUUCCUGUUGUAACAAUGCUGUCUGUAGGGAAGGGUGUUUCAGUUGUAGAAAUAUUUGAAUUGUCCGUGGUCGACGAUGGAGUAGUUGUUGUAGUAAUAACAUCAGUUGUUGUGGACGUUUCGGUGCUUCCUGUUGUAACAAUGCUGUCUGUAGGGAAGGGUGUUUCAGUUGUAGAAAUAUUUGAAUUGUCCGUGGUCGACGAUGGAGUAGUUGUUGUAGUAAUAACAUCAGUUGUUGUGGACUUUUCGGUGCUUCCUGUUGUAACAAUGCUGUCUGUAGGGAAGGGUGUUUCAGUUGUAGAAAUAUUUGAAUUGUCCGUGGUCGACGAUGGAGUAGUUGUUGUAGUAAUAACAUCAGUUGUUGUGGACGUUUCGGUGCUUCCUGUUGUAACAAUGCUGUCUGUAGGGAAGGGUGUUUCAGUUGUAGAAAUAUUUGAAUUGUCCGUGGUCGACGAUGGAGUAGUAGUUGUUGUAGUAAUAACAUCAGUUGUUGUGGACGUUUCGGUGCUUCCUGUUGUAACAAUGCUGUCUGUAGGGAAGGGUGUUUCAGUUGUAGAAAUAUUUGAAUUGUCCGUGGUCGACGAUGGAGUAGUUGUUGUAGUAAUAACAUCAGUGGUUGUGGACGUUUCGGUGCUUCCUGUUGUAACAAUGCUGUCUGUAGGGAAGGGUGUUUCAGUUGUAGAAAUAUUUGAAUUGUCCGUGGUCGACGAUGGAGUAGUUGUUGUAGUAAUAACAUCAGUGGUUGUGGACGUUUCGGUGCUUCCUGUUGUAACAAUGCUGUCUGUAGGGAAGGGUGUUUCAGUUGUAGAAAUAUUUGAAUUGUCCGUGGUCGACGAUGGAGUAGUUGUUGUAGUAAUAACAUCAGUUGUUGUGGACGUUUCGGUGCUUCCUGUUGUAACAAUGCUGUCUGUAGGGAAGGGUGUUUCAGUUGUAGAAAUAUUUGACUUGUCCGUGGUCGACGAUGGAGUAGUUGUUGUAGUAAUAACAUCAGUUGUUGUGGACGUUUCGGUGCUUCCUGUUGUAACAAUGCUGUCUGUAGGGAAGGGUGUUUCAGUUGUAGAAAUAUUUGAAUUGUCCGUGGUCGACGAUGGAGUAGUUGUUGUAGUAUUAACAUCAGUUGUUGUGGACGUUUCGGUGCUUCCUGUUGUAACAAUGCUGUCUGUAGGGAAGGGUGUUUCAGUUGUAGAAAUAUUUGAAUUGUCCGUGGUCGACGAUGGAGUAGUUGUUGUAGUAAUAACAUCAGUUGUUGUGGACGUUUCGGUGCUUCCUGUUGUAACAAUGCUGUCUGUAGGGAAGGGUGUUUCAGUUGUAGAAAUAUUUGAAUUGUCCGUGGUCGACGAUGGAGUAGUUGUUGUAGUAAUAACAUCAGUGGUUGUGGACGUUUCGGUGCUUCCUGUUGUAACAAUGCUGUCUGUAGGGAAGGGUGUUUCAGUUGUAGAAAUAUUUGAAUUGUCCGUGGUCGACGAUGGAGUAGUUGUUGUAGUAAUAACAUCAGUUGUUGUGGACGUUUCGGUGCUUCCUGUUGUAACAAUGCUGUCUGUAGGGAAGGGUGUUUCAGUUGUAGAAAUAUUUGAAUUGUCCGUGGUCGACGAUGGAGUAGUUGUUGUAGUAAUAACAUCAGUGGUUGUGGACGUUUCGGUGCUUCCUGUUGUAACAAUGCUGUCUGUAGGGAAGGGUGUUUCAGUUGUAGAAAUAUUUGAAUUGUCCGUGGUCGACGAUGGAGUAGUUGUUGUAGUAAUAACAUCAGUUGUUGUGGACGUUUCGGUGCUUCCUGUUGUAACAAUGCUGUCUGUAGGGAAGGGUGUUUCAGUUGUAGAAAUAUUUGAAUUGUCCGUGGUCGACGAUGGAGUAGUUGUUGUAGUAAUAACAUCAGUUGUUGUGGACGUUUCGGUGCUUCCUGUUGUAACAAUGCUGUCUGUAGGGAAGGGUGUUUCAGUUGUAGAAAUAUUUGAAUUGUCCGUGGUCGACGAUGGAGUAGUUGUUGUAGUAAUAACAUCAGUGGUUGUGGACGUUUCGGUGCUUCCUGUUGUAACAAUGCUGUCUGUAGGGAAGGGUGUUUCAGUUGUAGAAAUAUUUGAAUUGUCCGUGGUCGACGAUGGAGUAGUUGUUGUAGUAAUAACAUCAGUUGUUGUGGACGUUUCGGUGCUUCCUGUUGUAACAAUGCUGUCUGUAGGGAAGGGUGUUUCAGUUGUAGAAAUAUUUGAAUUGUCCGUGGUCGACGAUGGAGUAGUUGUUGUAGUAAUAACAUCAGUUGUUGUGGACGUUUCGGUGCUUCCUGUUGUAACAAUGCUGUCUGUAGGGAAGGGUGUUUCAGUUGUAGAAAUAUUUGAAUUGUCCGUGGUCGACGAUGGAGUAGUUGUUGUAGUAAUAACAUCAGUUGUUGUGGACGUUUCGGUGCUUCCUGUUGUAACAAUGCUGUCUGUAGGGAAGGGUGUUUCAGUUGUAGAAAUAUUUGAAUUGUCCGUGGUCGACGAUGGAGUAGUUGUUGUAGUAAUAACAUCAGUUGUUGUGGACGUUUCGGUGCUUCCUGUUGUAACAAUGCUGUCUGUAGGGAAGGGUGUUUCAGUUGUAGAAAUAUUUGAAUUGUCCGUGGUCGACGAUGGAGUAGUUGUUGUAGUAAUAACAUCAGUGGUUGUGGAUGUUUCGGUGCUUCCUGUUGUAACAAUGCUGUCUGUAGGGAAGGGUGUUUCAGUUGUAGAAAUAUUUGAAUUGUCCGUGGUCGACGAUGGAGUAGUUGUUGUAGUAAUAACAUCAGUUGUUGUGGACGUUUCGGUGCUUCCUGUUGUAAUAAUGCUGUCUGUAGGGAAGGGUGUUUCAGUUGUAGAAAUAUUUGAAUUGUCCGUGGUCGACGAUGGAGUAGUUGUUGUAGUAAUAACAUCAGUUGUUGUGGACGUUUCGGUGCUUCCUGUUGUAACAAUGCUGUCUGUAGGGAAGGGUGUUUCAGUUGUAGAAAUAUUUGAAUUGUCCGUGGUCGACGAUGGAGUAGUUGUUGUAGUAAUAACAUCAGUUGUUGUGGACGUUUCGGUGCUUCCUGUUGUAACAAUGCUGUCUGUAGGGAAGGGUGUUUCAGUUGUAGAAAUAUUUGAAUUGUCCGUGGUCGACGAUGGAGUAGUUGUUGUAGUAAUAACAUCAGUUGUUGUGGACGUUUCGGUGCUUCCUGUUGUAAUGGUAUCAGUUGCAUUGGUGGAGGCCGUGGUUAUUAUGUCUGGGUAA